AUGUUUUUCGUCGACUACGAAGCCUCCUACUCGACAACAAUCAAUGCCCCAGUGCAGACCGUGGUCGAUUUUCUCCAUGAUCCAGCGGGAUUGAUGCGUCUGAACCCGGUCAUCAUCGACGUCAAGAACGACCCCAACGAUUCACAGAAGUACAUUAUCGUCGACCAGCUGAACAUGCUCGGCUUCAAGAGGCAGUUGACAUAUACUUCGAAGGUGACGAUUACAGAGGCCGGGAUGGAGGCGGAGAGUAGUGCCGGCGCGGGAACAACCACAAUUGCCCGCUUUAUUGCGAAAUCUGCCGGUACAGCCAUAACGGAGCUAGAAGAGAGAACCAGCGUCAAUGUGCGUCUCCCAUAG